CCCCUCUCAUAUUACGCCCCUAUUUAUAACAUCUCCCACCCCUCAUUGCUCCACAGACUCCCCUCUACAGUCCCAGCCCAUCGCCCCAAAAUCCCUGCCGCUGUUAGGAAGCACCUUCCCUCUCAGCUGGGCCACAGUCUACGCCAGACUGUCAACUGAGACUCAGCGGCUGAGCUGUAAGGUUUCCUCUCUCUAUCUGUGCGCUUGUGGGAUUAUCACACACAAACCAUUUUCCUUUUACACGGCUGUUUUUAAGAGAAGACGUGAAGUGAGAAGACAUUUUAUGGAACUUGUUUUCAAUUAUAGAUUGUUUCGUUUGGAAAUUUCAUUGCCGUUGUGGUUUUCGUUUCACCUCGCACUGGUUUCUCGCAUGUGAUGGAUCACACUUUGUUCGGCUGCCUGCGCAGCCCUCACGCCCCUCCGCAGGCCCUGCACCCCGCGUUCGCUCUUCACGGACGCUCCGAGCACCAUUCCACCUAUCCUGACAUCUCCAGCAACUCUUCCUGCAUUGUGAGUGGUUACCCAGGUGAGGAAGGGGGACUUUUCGGGUCACACGGGCACCAGCGGGGGCCACCCAUCUCUCAACAACACCAUCAUCUCACUCAGCCACAACAGACAGGCUGGCACAUACAUCAGACGCCCAAUGCCUCACCAGCAGGCAGCCGCCUGGGACUGGGCAUGUCGGCCCCCGAUUCAGGCUCUUCGGACAUGGGGCCCGGGGGACCGAGCCUCUGUGCCAGCACGCCGAGCCUUGGUGGAGGGGUGCCCUCAGGGGCCUCCUGCGGUCCGGGUGGGGAUUUUGGACGUCAUACGAUGUCCCCGGCCGAGGCGGAGAAAAGAAGUAGUAAGCGAAGAAGCGACAGCUCUGAGUCCCAAGAUGGGAAUUACAAAUCGGACGUGAGCAACAAGCCAAGGAAGGAGCGGACGGCGUUCACCAAAGAACAGAUUCGAGAACUGGAGGCCGAGUUCGCCCAUCACAACUAUUUGACGAGACUGAGGCGAUAUGAAAUCGCUGUGAACCUGGAUCUCACGGAAAGGCAGGUGAAAGUGUGGUUCCAGAACAGACGAAUGAAGUGGAAGCGUGUGAAAGGAGGCAAACAGGGGGCGGUAGCGAGAGAAAAAGAGCUCGUGAACGUUAAAAAGGGAACGUUGCUGCCUUCGGAGUUUUCGAGCAUUACUGGACUACACCAUACACCGGACUCACUUAUCAAUGAUGAUAGCCACGACAGCGACCAGAGCUCUGAAAACGCUCACUUAUGAUACAUAGAGAUUUGAUUUGACGUAUGAUGCAGUUCUGGAGUCAGACUUAGUUAGGGAUUAUGUUUAUUGUCCUUUAUUGAACCAGGAGAAAAACUUUGGAGUGCACAGUACAACAUGGUGAUUUGGUGGCGUCGGACCACAUUCCCUUCAGGACGGGUCCUAUGAGUGACAUUGAGUGACAGUGCUCAAAAAAAUAAAAAAAAAACUGUACAAAUGUACACAGGACUCAUGCAUGUGUGUUUGGAUGAUACGGAAAAUUUGUGAUACUUCACCUUGAACAUUCACCAUAAGAGAUGGUUGCUAGUAUUUUAAUUGAUUGCAAAAAUGUUUACACGAAUUCUCAAAAAUGUUCAAAUAUAGCUGCAAUGAAGGCGCUGUAAGUAUUUUUUCAAAUCAGACUUGGAUUUCUCAGAAUAAAACAGCUUUUUCAAAGA